GUUAUCCACUUCCAGGUUGUGUUGUUCGUUAUAUCACCAUCUAUUCAUAGUACACAUACAAACUUCUCUUGGACAUCGCAUUUUAAUGCUUUUGAUAAUAACUUGCCUUCGUUCGUCACACCAUCGCAACCGCCAAAAUGGCGGACAUGAACGAAUACGUCGCUACUGAGACGAUUAAAGCAGAAGAGAAGAUAUCCAGGUAUCGACCAGGUGGAUUCCACCCUGUUGCUCUUGGCAAUUCCUUCAAACAAGGCCGCUACACUGUCGUCCAUAAACUUGGCUAUGGGGGGUUUUCUACCGUAUGGGUUGCAUAUGACGAUAUCCUUCAUCAAUGGGUGGCUCUCAAAAUCAUGACUGCUGCAAUGACCGAGACAUCGCGAGAACUCAGGUGGUACGAUGCAUUGGGGGUAUGGCGCCCAGACAGCCUAUACUCUAAGUACGUUGUCCGAUUACUGGAUCAUUUCCUUAUCGAGGGGCCAAAUGGUGCGCAUUUGGCGCUGGCAUUUGAGCUUAUGGGCCCCAAUGUCAGAUCAAUUGUCAAAACCGAGUACCACAAUCGCGCAGAGGUUGAUCCCAUAACCAUCCUGAGAAUGACAGAACAUGUGCUCAAAGCGCUUGAAUUUAUCCACCAGAGCGGAUUUGCACAUGGAGAUGUAAGCACCAAAAACAUGGCAUUUAAGGCCGAGCAUCUGUCAAAUAUGACAAAAGAAAAACUCUUCGAGGUCCUUGGAGCUCCCUCAAUCGGGAACGUGGCUCGUGUUGAUGGGCAGCCACUCGCAGAUGGAAUACCCUAUUACCUCGUAGGUAGCGCAACCUGGGGUGGAUGGGUUAACGAAUGUGACGAGGACUUUCGGCUUCUUGACUUUGGAGAGUGUUUUGUUCUCGGAAGGGAACCUGAGAUUAUCACCCAGCCUGGGGGAUUAAUGCCACCCGAAACUGUUCUCACAGAAGUGUAUGACUACAUAGUUGAUCUGUGGCGUGUUGGCAUUGCGAUCUAUUCGUUCGUAUUUGGAGGACUCCCAUUCUAUUGCAUUGGGGACAGAGACAACCUUGUUAUCCAGAUGAUCGAAUUUAUCGGAGACCUUCCACAAGAGUGGAAGCCCAGUUUUGAUCACUUGAGGAUUGACUUCAGAAGACAGCCGCUGCUAGAUGGCGACCUUCGCGUUGACCGAGGGCUCGAAUACAAAUUCAAACAUCAGAUCCACGAAGCAGAGCUGCAGCCCCUCCUCCCUGUCAUCCAGGGGCUGAUGAAGUUCAGGCCGUCCGAGCGAAUUUCGGCGCAACAAGCUCUGGAGAUGAUGAAGUCCAGGUAGCAGGGGGACAGAGUUGUAAUGGCACGUGCGAUGAGCAAAGAGGCGGAUGGAGUACCGCAAUUUAGCGGGCGUCUAACGGAUAACUUCUUCUAAAACAUGUUUCAGUAUCAGCGUCAGUCUAGCCUCUCAUUAUCACAUCGACAUUUGGGACCACAGAGGCAGCAUCCCAUUAUACCAUGUGAAACCAGGAUAUCAGCCUUGUAGAAUAUUCUGGCUACCUGGCUCUAUAACCUGGCUCUAACCUGUAUCCUUAAAGCACGUUUCUGGAAGGUUCAAAAAGAUCGUCUACCUCAGGCACACCAUCCACCCGAUUUUCAACCGUAUACAACCAGUCUCGAUCUUUCAAGAACUGCACCAAUGUCUUUCCAUCCCCUGCAUCGGAAUCUAGGGCAAACAAGCCAUUUUCUAGAAGCGUUGGCAAGCAAGAAUACGCGCGAUCUUCAUUUUCUAGUGCAUUCUGAAGAAUGGAGCGUCCGCCCUCGUCCCUCGUGUGCAUAUGGGCACCCGCUUUGACCAACAUCAUGAAUACGCCCAUGCCUCCUCUCUCUACGCAAUAUGAUAGAGCUGUCCGUCCUACUACCGUUCUGGAAUUGAGAUCCAUACCCGAUUCUAUUAGAAUUUCCAUGAAGUCGUCAUCUCGUUGGUUCAGGAUUGCGAUGUGUAGCGGCGUCUUGUUAUCCUCAAAACACUCCAAGUUCGGUAUUAGGGCCGAGCUCAAGUAUUACCUUCAGCGCUGGGAUACACCAUGAAUCCGGGGCCGGUUUGCUAUUCAUCAUCAUGAGAUGGAGCGGAGUGUAUCCCAACUCGUCUUGUGCGUUGAUAUCAGCCCCGUUUUCAAAUAGGAGCCGAA